AUGGAGCAAAUCAUGCAGAAAUACGGUUCAAUCGCGUUUGUCGAUACCGAGAUCAGCGCGGCGAGCGUCCACACUGACGGCCCGAAAUCGAUCUUUCAGGUUAUUAAUCGCAAGGGACUGACUUGGUCGGGGAGCAAGUUGAUUAUAGCGUCUGGAACGAAGGAUAUUCUACCAAAUAUCCCGGGGUAUAAGGAGCUCUGGGGCCGGGGAAUCGUACAUUGUCUGUUUUGCGACGGCUAUGACAGGAAAGGGGGUCGUGUUGGAAUUUUGGGUCUUGAAAAUCACGAUGACUUGACCACCUUGCUGAUGAGCUUCCAGCUUGCGGAAGACGGCGUCACGGUAUUCACCAACGGACAGGCCGCACCUAAGGACGUGGAACUACAACAAAUCUUCAAUACGGCCAGCGCACGCGGAGCCACAUUUGAUGAUCGAGAAAUUCAAUCAUUCACUGAGACCCCGAACGGCGAUGAAAUUCUUAUUCACUUCAAGAAUGGGGCCGGGGAAGUUGUUCGAAUGAUCCUGAGCACCCCGCCAUCGGUCAAUCGGGCGGAAAACUUGAUUUCGAGCUUGAAAAUUGAGACUCAUUCCCCUACAUAUGGCCAUGUUGUCACUAAAGGAAUGUUGGGUGAAACGAGUCUUCAGGGAUGCUUUGUCGCCGGUGAUACGUCAACCUCAGCGAAAAGGUAG